GAGCCACCCAGGCGCCCCCAGAAACCUGCAUUUUAAACAGCACCUCACGUGCUGUUUGAAAACCAGUUGGAUGGUGUAUGCUUUCUUCCAAACUGCCUUGACCUCGCCUGCUUCUUUUUCACCCCCUUCAUCCCCUGCUCCUUUGGCACCCGCCUCCCUGCUCCUUUCUAUGGUCCCGCCUCCUCCGGGCUCCCCGCAAAUGGCUAAAGCCAUGGUGUGAGGCAAUCCCUCUACCCUUGACCCCUUCCUUCGCACAGCGAGCGAUGGCUUUUUUUUUUUUAUCUCCGGAUGAUGAAGUACAGCCUUCAGCCGGGGGGCAUUUAAGACGCAGAACACUCGGCUGGUCCCCAGCCACGGCUGCAGGACCCAGGGGCAGGCCUUGACAGGCUCGGGGGAAGGAGGGAAGGAAGAAGCCACCCUUGAGAGCAGAGGCAACGGCAGCAGUGGCCACAGCACUGCUCCCCUGCCUGUCCCCACCGCCUGGACACCAUGUUUCUAGCCACAUUCAAGCUGUGUGCUGGGAGCUCCUACAGACACGUGCGCAACAUGAAGGGGCUGAGGCACCAGGCUGUGCUGGCCAUCGGCCAGGAGCUGAACCGGAGGGCACUGGGGGGCCCGACCCCGGGCGCAUGGAUUCACCAGGUUCGGCGUCGGAGUUCUCUGCUCGGUUCUCGGCUGGAAGACACCCUCUACAGCGACCAGGAGCUGGCCUAUAUCCGGCAGGGAGAGGAGGCCAUGCAGAAAGCCCUGGGCAUCCUCAGCAGCCAGGAGGGCUGGAAGGAGGAGAACCAGCAGGCGAAUGGGGACCAAGUACUGAGUAAAGUGGUCCCAGAUGUGGGCAAGGUAUUCCGGCUGGAGGUGGUGGUGGACCAGCCCAUGGAGAGGCUUUAUGAAGAGCUCGUGGAACGCAUGGAAGCAAUGGGAGAGUGGAACCCAAAUGUCAAGGAGAUCAAGGUCCUGCAGAAGAUUGGAAAAGAUACAGUCAUCACCCAUGAGCUGGCUGCAGAAGCGGCGGGAAACCUGGUGGGGCCCCGUGACUUUGUGAGCGUGCGCUGUGCCAAGCGCCGAGGCUCCACCUGUGUGUUGGCUGGCAUGGCCACACAUUUCGGGGAGAUGCCUGAGCAGAAAGGUGUCAUCAGAGGUGAGCAUGGUCCCACGUGCAUGGUGCUCCAUCCCCUGGCUGAAAGUCCCUCAAAGACCAAACUCACCUGGCUGCUCAGCAUUGACCUCAAGGGAUGGCUGCCAAAGACCAUCAUCAACCAGGUCUUAUCACAGACCCAGGUGGAUUUUGCCAACCACCUGCGCAAGCACCUGGAGUCCAGCCCUGCUCCUGAAGCCAGGUGUUAAGGACCAGCCUGCUCCUUCCAACUGUUCCUAGCUGCACUGGCUUGCACGCUCAUCAGGAAGAUCCCUGCUAGAAGCCUACAAGUCUGUUCAAGAUCUUCAUCUGGGGACUGUGGGAUGGGGUGGGAGUGUAUUUAGAGGAGGACACUGGGACUCAGAUUGGUAACAUUUUAAGACCAAGAAAAUGGGGACAAGGCUUUUAAGAGAAAGAGCUUUCUAACUUUAAUGAUUAGCUGUGAAAUGAAGAUUAAGGGCCCCCAAAUAUUUGUAGAACUUCUGGGCCCUUACACGUCUAUUUUAAAACAUCUUUAAAAUGGUACUGGCUGAUAUAGGGUUCAGAGGGUGCUAAAUACAAGGGUUGGGUCCCUUGUAGGUAUCCUUCAUGGGCUCACGAGCUCCAUUCCCUGCAGGCGGUGUGUGGACAGCAGGGUCUUACAAAAGGGACCCCAGCAACCCUCUGCCCCUCUACCAAAUAGGUAGCAAGCUGCACCAAGACCAAGCAACUCCCCACAGCAGGUGCCUUCUAGAAAUGUAGUCUACGUUUUCUUGAUUGAAAAAAAAUAGAAAACGAAUUAAUCCAGUUCUACUUCUUCCAUGAGCAUCAGUCAGAAUAAAGAAUCAAAACUGACACAAAAACU